UUGUAGUUUGCAGUUUGCGUAGUUGGUGGAGCGAAUGAAUAGAAGACGGGAGGUUGAUUCGGCGCGUCUAAACAAUUAAAUAUUUAGACAAUAUGUAAUAAAUUGUAAUUAAUUACCGUUUCAAUUUUUAAACGGUGUCAAGACAUUUGUCUUCGAUUUCGUAUUAUCAGAGGUACGUCAAGUAAUUUAAAUAUCAACGCAUUUUCACUAAAAAUCUAGUCUGAUUGUUUUUGAUGCGUCGUUGUCGUGUGCCUCCCGUCUUCUAAUAAAACUUAUCAGUAAAAUAAUAAAUAUUAAAUAAAACAACAAGUGUCUUACAAUUACAAUCACAAUAAUCUACAGUGUCAUCAUUGUUGCUGUCACCGUAAAAAAUUGGCUGUUAAAAAAUAUAACGAACAGUAAAUACGACAUUAAAAAUGGCAAUACUACCACCUGAUCCAGUUUAUGUUCUACGUGGUGACAUGGGACCUGUCCACAGUCUCGAUUUCAGAAUUUCUCCUUACGUUGAGCACCUCUACGCUGGUGCGGAAACUGGAAAUAUUCAUAUUUGGGACCUUAAAAGACACCGAGAAAUUUGUAAAUUAGAUGCUAUUAAAAAACAGUGCCUAGCUCUACAUACACUUGAUGAUGAAUAUUUAAUUGUACAAAGAAAAGACGGUUGUCUUGAUAUUUGGAACGCUGAUGGGUCUAAUUGGAUUCUUGAUAAAACUAUUGAUACCAAUUACUGUGGAUUUUGCAGACACCAGACUUUGACUGAUGACAUUCUUCUUCUUCCACUACCUAAUUCACAGAUUGGUGCGCUGUCACUAACAACUCAGGAAUUCGUUUAUAAAUUAGAUCCAAUCAUAUCUAAAGUACCUAAACCACUUGGCGAAGUUAUGGCGAUAAAAAAUUGCUCACUUGAAAACAAUAUAAUUCUUGUUGCGUACGAAAGCGGUGACAUAGCAGCGUGGAAUUUAAAAGAACGUGGUGUCGUCAGUUGGUUGAGUACCGACUCAUGUCCUAUGGCUAUUAAUUUUGAUAACUAUUGGAUGCGGGGAAUAAUCGGGAACCCAACAGACAAAUUAGAGGUGUUUGAUCUGAACAAAAGCAACCAACUGAUUCACAAGACAUCGAUAACACUAAAAAAUAGUGGGACAUCCGUGCUCGCAUCAAGAGUCGACUCGAAAGUUUUUGCUGCUGGCGGUUGGGACGGACGAGUCCGGAUAUUUUCCUGGAAAACGCUGCGACCCCUUGCUGUCCUCAGUCAACAUAGAUCUAAUAUUUUUGAUAUUAUUUACUCGAAGGAAAAAGUCCAAGCGUUUAAUAAUAAAAAUCUAAUGGCCGCAGCCGGCAAAGACGGCACUGUCUCGCUCUGGGAUCUCUAUAAUCAGUAAAAAGAUUUAAUAUCUACCAGUCACAAUUUACAUUUUGUUAAAAAAUUUAUUUUAACUCAUACUAAUCACGCCGAUUAGUUUGUAUUUCUAAAGAAAAAAAAAAAAAGAAA